AUGAAUCAUUAUCCUCAGGCCUGGGGACGACCCCGAGAUGAUGUGUACGGGCCAUACGAUCCUUCACACCUCCAGACUUCGAUGCCUCAGACGCACACGCAAUCACCCGCCGUGACAGGAACGUCGGUGCUCGGGGUUAAAUUCAAAGACGGCGUUGUAGUGGCCGCAGACAAUCUUGCGUCCUAUGGCUCCCUGGCGCGGUUCACAGACGUCAAACGUCUGCGGACGUUUCCUCCCAACACCGUGGUUGGCUUUGGUGGCGACGUCUCAGACAUGCAAUAUCUCGACCGGCUCUUGCAGUCCCUGGACAUUCGAGAAAACUAUCUCUCGGCCACGGGGCACACGCUGAACGCACGAAAUCUUCACAUCUAUCUCUCCAAGGUCAUGUACAAGAGGAGGAGCGAGUUCAACCCGUUGUGGAACAUGAUGCUGGUUGCGGGCCUGGACGAAGACGAAAAGCCCUUCCUGGCCAGUGCCGAUUUGCUGGGGACCACCUUCUCCGCCCCCACCCUGGCGACGGGGUUUGGUGCACAUCUGGCCCUACCUUUACUGCGGAAACUGAUGCCUCAUGACGAAGAGAGUGUCAAGGACGUCACGAAGGAAAUGGCCAUCGACGCCGUCAAGCAGUGCAUGAAAGUCCUGUUCUACCGCGACGCCAGGAGCUUGGACAAGUACAGCAUUGCAGUAGUGACCAAAGAGGGUGUCGAGCUCAAGGAAGACGAAAAGCUGGAGGAUCAAAGUUGGGCAUUCGCUGAUCAGAUCCGGGGGUACGGGACGCAAGUCAAUUAG